AUCACUUCCUUUUUUCUUUUUUUUUUGGUUGAUUUAAUUUAAUUACUGCCUUUGCUUAAUUUUAUUGUCGAUUUACGAGUUAAAUUAAUGAGCAUUUUAUCUCUUGAAUUCGAUUAUUACCUGGAAUUGGUUGAUCAUUAUAUUUGUUGCUUGAUUUAGCUGAUUUUUUAUUUCAUUUUUUGAAAUUUUAGCUAUUGAAUUACUCUCUGGUUUUGGAUUGAUUAGUUAUUAACUGGCAUUAUUUGAUCGAAUUUCGGAUAAAUUCAGCAUUGUUUGGGAUAAAUUGAUAGAAUUUCGGAUAAAUUCAGCAUUAGGUCAUUAGAAGUUCAUUGAAAAUGUUGUGUCACUUGGAACUUUUGUAAUUGGAAUCGCUAGAAACUUUGGAGCUCCAACCAGUCAAUCCCCUUGAUUGGCAAGGAAACAUAUCAAGGGGUAUUUUCGUAAAUAAAAUUAUCAAAAUAUACAAUCUACAUAUUUAAGUGUACAAUAUUUUUUUAUAUAAAAUUAUUUUCUUUUAUUUUUAAUUUUUUUAAAUAUCAAAUAUGUUGUACAUUGUAAUUUCUAGAUUGUAUACUUGCUUAUUGUAAUUACAAAAAUGCCACUUGAUAUGUCAAUCAAGGGGAUUGUUUUAAAAUUUCUCAGAAACUUUGUGGUUCUGAUAAAUGUUUCGGUUUUGGAUUACAUAGAUUAUAAGUGCAAUGUGGCCAAUGUCUUUCUAUACUUGCGGUUUGCGAAAUAGGGUAUCAAUGUCCCUUUAGAUCACAAUUCGUAAGGAGAAGUAGCAGACAUUUGGUCUCCGUUUGGUUUGUCGGAAAAUAUUUUCAAUGAAAAAUGAUUUCCACGUAAAACAUUUUACAAGGAAAAACACAAUUCCAAAUUAUUCCUUUCAAAUGUAUUUUUAACAUUGACAAAGUUAUUGGAAAAUGUUUUUCACUGCCUUGUCAUACCAAACAACAUAAAAUGAGUGAAAAAGAUGUUUUUUCAUGACAACGUUUUACACCAAACAACAUAAAAUGAGUGAAAACGUUGUUUUUUCAUGAAAACGUUUUACACCAAACCAAACACUUUCUUGGUUUUUUAGCUGUCCUUAGGCAGAAGGAAGGGUCGAGAGAGGAAUUCGGUUAGCGGUAUAAUAUAGUAUGGUUUGGUGAUUAAAGGAUUGGUGUUGGAGAAAAGCAUCACUUCUAUAGAAUGCCUUACUCAGUUUACGAAGACCCCUUUUAAGUAAUGUUAACUCUCCACAAAGUACUAGAUUGAUACAAGAAAUAAGCUCAUUUGAUUCAUCAUUGAAAGUGAUCGGUAUUGACGAUUGAGUCAAUCCAAUUGCACCACAGUUUUCUUAAUUAAUCUACAAUUUGUAUAGUGCACCGGUUUUUGUUGCAGAUUUGAGAUUUUGAUUCUUAAUUAUGCUGUUUUGUUUGUUGGGCCUUGCUACUUAUUAACUUUUAAUAAAGAUCUUUGUGCUGUUGUGAUUGCAGACUUCCAUUUGGUGAAAUGAAUGUACAGAUUCUAAACCUAAGUAGUCAUCUGAAGUCUACAUAACAGUCAAUGUGUUUCAAUUUUCAGGAAAACCAAUGAAUUGAACAUCUAAAGUGGUCAAUUUUUUCCGGUUCAGAUUGUAGUUUAUCCGGUUCUUUCUCACUCAAAGUUUUCUUCAACUGAUGAAAUAAAACAUGAUGUGAUGUUGCCCCGUGUACAUUUCAUUGAGGUAGAUCAUCAUACAUAGUCUUAUCAACUUUUCAUUUUGGUGCAUCUAUUCAGAUUCUUUGUUUUCAUACCGUCUUUUGCAAAAUUCUUAUAGGUUCCUCAUGUCAUUCAGUUAUCCGAUUGGGAUUGUGGUCUUGCCUGUGUUUUAAUGGUUUUGCAACCAAUUGGUGGCAUUUGACAAGGGGUCCAGACUUUUAAAGUUAGAAACAGAACAUAUAUGAAGACCUUGGUUUUCAGUCUAGUAAAAGAAUAAAACAAAGAUAAAGUGUAUGGAUUAUUUAUGAUUACUAUUAAAGUCAUUAUAUGGACUCAUUUCACAAGGGGAGAAUAAAGCAAAUAUAGUAAAACAAGGCUAGAAUAAAACCAUCAAAACAUGCCAACAAAUCAACGUUCAAAACUUCAUAUGCAGGAGUAAGUUCUAACUCACAAAUAUAAACCCAAGAAAAGACACACUAGAAACAAGAUGGCGGAAGGAGUUGUGUUUAAUAUUGCAGAGAGACUGUUAGAGUCCUUAGGGGAACAUGCACUUCAAGAGAUUGCAUCAUGUUGGGGUGCAAGAGGUGACUUGAGAAAACUCGGAAACUCUGUGAGGAUGAUAAAAGCUCGUGUUCGUGAUGCUGAGAAGCGCGGUGAAGAGGAGGACAAUGACGCGAUCAAAGAGUGGCUCAAGAGGCUAAGGCUGGUGCUCCAUCAAGCUGAGGUCCUUACUAUUGAUCUGCAGAAUAAGCGGGUGGAAGGAAAUAACAAGCUUGUGAAGAAGGUACGCGUCUUAUUCUCAAGGUCAGGACCACUUUAUCUUAACAUCAAAAUCAAAUCAAGUCGAUUAGGGAAGAACUUAACGACAUUAAGUCGGAUAUGGAGGGCUUGAAUUUGAGGGUGUAUGAUCAUAGGGAAGAAUCACAUCUUUCAUUUACCAAUUUGGUAAAGAAAAGGGAAACGGCUUCUUUUGUGAAAGUAGAUGAUGUUAUUGGUAGAGAGAAUGACAAAAACAUAAUAAUCGGCAUGCUUUUCGAUCCAAAGUACAAUGGGGAAAGGGUGAGUGUCAUCCCGAUUGUUGGGUUUGGGGGUCUAGGAAAAACUACUCUUGCUCAAUUGAUUUUUAAUGAUGCUAGUCUUGUGGAGCAUUUUGAUCUUGUUAAAUGGGCUUGUGUACCGGAGAUAGAUAACCAGAAGGUUGUAUUGGGGAAAGUUUACAAGUCGUUGACGAAUAACGACUCGCAUGAUCUCUCGAUUGAUCAAAUGAAAUCGGGGAUCCGAGGUUGUAUAAGUAACAAGAAGUACCUUCUUGUCCUAGACGACAUAUGGGAUGAAAGUCGGGAUAGGUGGUUGGAUAUCAUGAGCUUGCUUGAAUGUGGUCAAAUUGGGAGUAAAGUACUUGUAACUACACGUUCUAACAUCGUUGCAAAAGUUGUAGGCACAGUUCCAAGUGCCUACAAUCUAGGACUUUUAACAGACACAGAGUCCUGGAAUCUUUUUGAAAGACUAGCUUUUAAACCAGGCACGGAAGAGAGCAAUCGUACUACUUGGACUCAGAUUGGAAAGGAAAUUGUUAAUAGUUGUGGAAAUGUUCCCCUUGCUGUUAGGGCUGUUGGAAGCCUCCUCUACACUAAAGACAGUGAGCAAGAGUGGCGGCUUUUCAGAGAAACUCAACGAUCAAAGGCAAAGUUAAUAACGGAGGGUGAUUAUGGUAAUAUCAUGCCUGUGCUGAAGUUAAGUUAUGAUUAUCUACCACCUCCAUUAAAGCAGUGCUUUGCCUACUGUUCAUUGUUCCCAAAAGAUUAUGAGAUUAGUAAGGCUGAAUUAGUGCAUUUAUGGAUGGCUCAAGGAUAUUUUGACCCGUCUAACAAAGACAUUGGGGAUUACUAUUUUACAGAGUUGUUAGGGAGGAACUUUUUUCAAGACCCUGAAGAAGAUGAACUAGGGAAUGUCAAAACGAUAAAAAUGCACGACUUAAUGCACGACUUGGCACAACAUGUAGCCGGUGAUGAGAGCAUGCUAUUGAGUGAGUCGCCAUUUAUGUUGUCUGAUGGAGUUGUACACGUAAGUAUAAACUUGCGUGAUGUAGACAAUAGAUGGGAAGCUCCACCAUCAUUGCUUGCGUCGGCUAAGAGAACUCGAUCAUUGCUAAUUAAGAGUAGUACUAUAAAAGUAUCAUCUCUUGAAAGUUUGAUUUCUGGAUUCAAGUCUUUGCGUGCCCUGAGUUUGAGGUAUGUGGGGUUUAAAACGGUCCCAAAUUCUAUAGGGAGGUUGACACAUCUAAGAUACCUCGAUCUUGGAAGGGAUUGCAGUAUUGAAUGUCUUCCCGAUGCCAUAACAAGGUUAGAGAACCUGCAAACACUGUACCUUGAUGGUUGCAGAAGGCUUAAAAGGUUACCAAGAGAUUUCACAAGGUUGGCCAAACUCAGACACUUGCUGAUGUGUAGGGAGAUAUUGACUGAUUUGCCCUCAAGAUUUGGGAAAAUGACAUCGCUCCAAGAAUUGAGCGGAUUUAUAGUAGGGGAAAGCACUGGCAUUGACUCUUUGCCAGCCUUGAAUCUUAAAGGAAUUCUGGACAUCAAAUUUCGCAAGUGGCGCAGUGAUGCUGUUUCAGAAGCGCAGAAGGCAAGUUUGAAGGAAAAUCAACAGUUAACUUUUCUUUAUCUAGAUUUGAGCUUCAGUGACGAAAUCAUCUAACCUUGUUGAUUUUACUGAGACGGAUAGGAUGUUAACAUGCUUGGAAUUACCAACAAGUCUCAAAGUGCUACACAUUAUGUGUUACAUUGGAGGUGAAUUGCCCUGUAUGUGGUUAGAUAAAUUGUCUAGCCUUGUUUCCGUUACUCUCACGCAGUGCAAAAAUUGCAGGGUUCUCCCUCAUUUGAGUCAGUUACCAUAUCUCAAAUCUCUUACUGUAUAUAGUCUUGAAGCUUUGGAGUACAUUGAAGAUGAUGUUGGGGAUGGCGGUACCCAUAGCUAUAGGUGCUACUUCCUAGCCUUAGAGUCUUUGGACUUGAUGUGGUCUGAGCAACUCAAGGUGUGGACAAGGUCAUCUGUGAUUCAGACAGGGUCCUUGUACUUCUCUCGUCUUUCGCGCAUCAAUAUUGACAAAUGCCCCAAGUUUAUGUCAAUGCCUCUAGCACCAAGGAUGGAGUCAUUGAAGGUUAACAGAGGACAUAGUGAGCUGCUGAAAUCACUUCUGACAUCACACAACGAAGCAUUAUCAUCAUCAACAACUCUUUUCACAUCAUUGAAGGAGCUGGAAAUAAUUGGAAUUGAUCAUGGUCUGAUUUCCUUGACCAUUAGAAGCAGUUGGUGUAAUCUAGAGAGGUUAAGCAUAGGUCGGUGCAACCAACUGAGCAGUUUGAUAUUCGAAUCUCCAAACUCCAUUCGAGAUCUUGAUGUUGGUUUGAACAGAAGCUUGAGAAACAUUUCUGGGGGGUUACAGCAUCUCAUUGCCCUAGAGAAAUUGCGUAUAAUUUGUUGGAUGUGUGGAAUGAAGAAGAGAAUGCUGACAUCAUCAGAUCAGCUUGGCAAGGUUUGAGGAGCCUGCGUUCGUUGGAAUUACAGGGCAUCCAUAAACUGAAGGCACUCCCUCGAGGUAUUACUAGCCUAACAACGCUUCAGUCGCUCACUCUUUCUUACUUCAAGAAUUUGACAAUGUUUCCAGAAGAGAUUGGUCAACUGACCCGUCUUCAACGGCUUUCUAUAAAACAUUGCCCGAAAUUGGCAUCACUUCCACAGUCAUUACUAGGCCUUACUUCUUUGCAACAACUUCACGCGUAUCAUUGUCAAAUUCUGGAAGAAAGAUACAAGGGCCAAGAUCGCCACCUUAUUCAACAUAUCCCUGAUGUUCGCUUUAGUUCCGCACCUGAGACGGGUAUCUCAGCCUUAAUAUCUUCCGUUAUGAUGUGAGCUUGAAGCCCUAGAGUGCAUAGAAGAUGACGGUGUCGUGAGUUGGUGGUUCUUCAAUCAGCCAACAGCUACAAGUAACACUUCCCAGCAGCACAGUCCCUGACUCCCUGAAUGGUUGCCGCUAAUAAAUAGGUGGAAACGAUCAUCAUUAUAUUACCUGAGGCAUGCAGCGUCAGAGGAUGAUGGUCAGCAGUGGCAGAUCAAGCAUAUUGACAAAGAAACUUCUAUGUUCUCAAUCUGGAUUUAUUUAUUCUGUUCUAUCAACUUUUGCAAGUUUACGCAAUACCCAAUUGCACAUUUUGUUUGAAUUUUUUGCGUGUCUGAAUUUUUCCAAGUGUUUUGGUUGAAGGAAUAUUGAACUCAAGGGCAAUAAUUCUCAACAGACCUUCUUCACUCAAUACCAUUUCGAUCCAUUUCUAUGCAGCAUGCACUUUCCAUCUCGCCCUUGCUGUCAACAGCGUAAAGAACUUCAUACCUAUUACGUUGGAAUUGGAGAAUGCUCAAUACACAUUGUGGGCGGAGCUAUUCAAGAUUCAUGCUACGGCAUAAAUCACUACGUAUGUUCAUAAUUGAGGAUUAUACAUAUUCCUUAACAAUAAUGAAGGAUUGAAGGGAAAGUUGAAGAAUGUAAGAAUGUUCAGAUUUGUAUACCUCAAUGGGAACUUAUGUGAAGGCGCACCAUGUAAGUAUCAAAUAUCUUUCUUUUUUUCUUGACGGGUAUCAAGUAUCAAGUAUCAAGUAUCAAAUAUCAAUUCUACAUGGAAUUGUAGAUUACAUUUGAAUUUUGUCAUGAUCAUUUGGUUAAUAUAUGCUUUCUGAUGAUGAAGAUUCAAGAGGUUGAUAUUA